AAGAUCUCCCAUGAUCCUCCAGCGCUGUACACGUAUCUCCUGCAACAGCUCGACUUUUACUCACACUAACGACUAGUACGGAGUUUGUGUACUUUUUUGGAUUGUCAGACAUGGUCUGUGACUGACAUAGACGUACCAGGGGGCGGGUCACGCAUGACUGUCCGGGAGAGGAGCACUGUUCUCGGAUGAGAUCACAGUGAAGUCUCGAAGCGGAAAGCGGCUAACCCUCAGUUAGCUUUAGCAAGAGUUUGUUUACAUUGCCGUCCAACAUGUACACUUUAUUAUCUGGCUUAUAUAAGUACAUGUUCCAAAAGGACGAGUACUGCGUCCUUAUCCUGGGACUAGACAACGCAGGGAAAACGACGUUUCUGGAACAAACCAAAACCAAAUUCAGCAAAAAUUACAAAGGAAUGAAUCUUUCUAAGAUAACAACGACAGUUGGCCUAAACAUCGGCACCAUCGAUGUGGGCAAAGCUCGGCUCAUGUUCUGGGAUCUGGGGGGUCAGGAGGAGCUGCAGUCUCUGUGGGACAAAUAUUAUGCUGAGUCACAUGGAGUCAUCUAUGUAAUUGAUUCAACUGAUGAAGAGCGCCUAUCCGAGUCCAAGGAGGCUUUUGAGAAAAUGAUAAGCAGUGAAGCAUUAGAAGGUGUUCCGUUGCUGGUUCUAGCCAACAAACAGGAUGUACCGAACUGCUUAUCUGUGCCUGACAUUAAAACAGCCUUCAGUGACUGUGCCCCAAAGAUUGGCAAAAGAGACUGUUUGGUUCAGCCCUGUACGGCUCUCACAGGAGAUGGGGUGAAUGAAGGCAUUGAGUGGAUGGUGAAGUGUGUGGUGAGGAACAUUCACCGGCCGCCCAGACAAAAGGACAUCACUUAGCUGCUCCUGGUCUAACUGGACUUUACCACUCACAUUCCACCUGCGGCUGGAACUGGUCUACCACCUUGUCCGUUUGUUUGCUGUGACUUUAGACACUGUUUUUUACACACAAGUUCAUCAUUACCAGGUGGGGCACAAGGGCCCCAUGAAGUCAGCAGAACUUUGACGGCAGCCUGGCAGUGUUUGUAUUUUAUUGUUACAGAAUGAAAUUAUAUUUCACACACCUCAUCUCAAAUCCUAAAAAGGCAAUUGUCCUUUUUUAUCAUAAUUAUUGUGUCUAAGUUGUAGUUCUUGAUUAAGUAUACACAUUUGAAGUACCAUAUAAUUGUUUAGCAAUAUUGUAGAACCAGUGCAGCACUGCCUGUGUGCCCUGGCCCAAUGGAGUGGUGUUGAUUAUGAUCAUGAGAUGGCUCCAUUUAGACCCUUUCACAUCUUUGUAACAAUUACUAUGAAAGGCUAAUGCCAAUGUUAAUUUAAUUUGACGUAAAUUGAAACUGACUGUGUUAAUGGACAUAUUGUCACUGUUAUUGGGGAAAACAACUUGUACAGCUUGGAAAGUUGUAUAAACAAUGUAUCAAGUCGUUUGCUCAAGCCAGAGAAAUGGCAAUUAUGUCCUGAGUUGUGGGACACUGGUGAAAAGCCAAAAAAAGGUAGACAAAGACGCUUUGUAUUAAUUGACCAUUAUGCUUAGGAGAAUUGCUGAAAGCAACUGCAGAGAUUGUGACUCAACAUUUUGAUCAACGGAGUGUGUUCUCAGCAUGUGAAUGCAUACGUCAGGAGAAUGAGGACUGCUCUCAUACUAAUCCUGAAUCCGACCUGCCCUACACUACAGAGGAUAUGAAAUGCAAACAUACUUUAGUGGUUUUGCUGUUGGUAACAGGUGUCAUGUUUUAAUGGCAGCAUUCAAAUACAAGUUGGUCUCCUAUUUACUACCUUGUAUGAACCUUUUGUAUUACAUUUGGUGUUUUUCUUGUGUCUUAAUAAAGGGUGAAACAAACUUAUAAAAAAAAAAUAAAGCAUUGUGCAGUA